ACCAUGGGGCUGAAGGCGCGGCGCGGCGCGGCGGGCGGUAGCGCGGCCGGCGGGGCGGCGGCGGCGGCGGGGCGGCGAGCGGCGGCCGGCGGCGACCCCGAGCAGGGCUCGCUGGCCCUGGGCAGCGGCGGCGACCGCGACGGGACGCUGCUGCUGGAGGGCGGCGGGAAGGAGGAGGGCGGCAAGCGGAGCCCGCCGGGCCUGGGGCUGCUGGCGAAGACCCCCCUGAGCCGCCCGGUGAAGCGGAACCACGCCAGGUACCGCCGCAUCCAAACUUUGAUCUACGACGCCCUGGAACGACCCCGCGGCUGGGCGCUGCUCUAUCACGCCUUCGUAUUUCUGAUUGUCCUGGGGUGUUUGAUCUUAGCUGUCCUGACAACUUUCAAGGAGUAUGAAACAGUUUCUGGAGACUGGCUCCUCUUGCUGGAAACCUUUGCCAUUUUCAUAUUUGGAGCAGAGUUUGCCUUAAGAAUCUGGGCUGCUGGCUGUUGCUGUCGCUACAAAGGAUGGAGGGGGAGACUCAAAUUUGCCAGGAAGCCUUUGUGCAUGCUGGAUAUCUUUGUGCUGAUUGCUUCAGUGCCAGUGGUUGCUGUUGGGAACCAGGGCAAUGUUCUGGCAACGUCCCUCAGAAGCCUCCGCUUCCUGCAGAUCCUACGGAUGCUCCGCAUGGACAGGCGAGGCGGCACUUGGAAACUUUUAGGAUCAGCUAUUUGUGCACAUAGCAAAGAACUCAUUACUGCUUGGUACAUCGGGUUCCUGACACUCAUCUUAUCCUCAUUUCUUGUUUAUCUGGUUGAAAAAGAUGUUCCUGAAAAAGAUGCUAAUGGGGUGGAGAUGAAAGAGGAGUUUGAAACCUAUGCAGAUGCACUGUGGUGGGGGCUGAUCACCCUUGCUACAAUUGGAUACGGCGACAAGACCCCCAAAACGUGGGAGGGACGGCUGAUUGCAGCCACCUUCUCUCUCAUUGGAGUGUCUUUCUUCGCUCUUCCUGCAGGCAUUUUGGGGUCAGGGCUGGCACUGAAGGUCCAGGAGCAGCAUCGUCAAAAACAUUUUGAGAAAAGAAGAAAGCCAGCAGCUGAGCUCAUUCAGGCUGCCUGGAGAUACUAUGCUACUAACCCAAACAGGAUUGAUUUAGUUGCUACCUGGAGGUUUUAUGAAUCAGUUGUAUCAUUUCCAUUUUUCAGGAAAGAGCAAUUGGAUGGUACUGCCAGCCAAAAGCUGGGUCUCUUGGAUCGGGUUCGUGGUACCAAUACUAAAGGAAAGCUAUUUACCCCUCUGAAUGUAGAUGCCAUUGAAGAAAGUCCUUCAAAAGAGCCUAAGAAUGUUGUCUUGAAUAAUAAGGAGCGUUUUCGCACUGCAUUCCGAAUGAAAGCAUACGCUUUUUGGCAAAGCUCAGAAGAUGCAGGAACAGGGGAACCCAUGGCAGAAGAAAGAGGCGAGAGUAGUGAUUUCCCUAUGGAAGAUAUGAUCCCCACAUUCAAGACAGCCAUCCGAGCUGUCAGGAUACUACAGUUUCGUCUCUAUAAAAAAAAAUUCAAGGAGACUUUGAGGCCUUAUGAUGUAAAGGACGUGAUAGAGCAAUACUCAGCAGGGCAUCUUGAUAUGCUUUCCAGAAUAAAAUACCUUCAGGCAAGAGUAGAUAUGAUUUUUACACCUGGACCUCCGUCUACUCCCAAGCAUAAGAAAUCCCAAAAGGGAGGAGCUUUUUCUUACCCUUCACAACAGUCUCCCAGAAAUGAACCAUAUGUAGCCAAAGCAUCUACAGCUGAUACUGAAGACCAAAGUAUGAUGGGAAAAUUUGUUAAAGUUGAGAGGCAGGUAAAUGACAUGGGGAAGAAACUGGAUUUUCUUGUUGAUAUGCAUAUGCAUCACAUGGAACAGCUGCAGAUACAAGUUGCUGAGAUAAGUCCAUUGAAAGAAACCGCUUCACCUGCAAGGGAGAAGAGAGAAGAAAACAAAUAUUCUGAAUUAAAACCAAUAAUAUAUAAAUACACUGAGCAGUGUUCUCGUGAAACUCCUUACAACUUCCAGCAGGUUCCAGUCAACAAAGUCAGCCCCUAUGGUUUCUCAGCACGGGGUCACAUGGCUCACUCACAAUCUUUAUCAAAAGGUGGGCAAAACUCUGGCAAACUGCAAGCCGCACCUUCCUCAACUUCAUAUGCAGAAAGGCCAACGGUUUUGCCUAUAUUUACAUUAAUGGACCCCCAGGUUAGCUACCGCUCCCAAGGGGACCUUCAAAGCCCUUACUCAGAUAAGGUGUCCCCGAGGCAGAGAAGGAGCCUGACGAGAGACAGCGAUACUCCAUUGUCCCUUCUCUCUGUCAACCACGAGGAACUGGAGCGCUCCCCCAGUGGCUUCAGCAUCUCCCAGGAGAGAGACGACUUCCCGUUUGGCCCCAACGGGGGGUCGGCGUGGAUGAGAGAGAAACGCUACCUGGCAGAGGGGGAGACAGACACAGACACAGACCCUUUCACACCAAGUGGCUCCAUGCCUUUGUCCUCUACAGGAGAUGGGAUUUCGGAUUCAAUAUGGACCCCAUCAAACAAGCCAGUUUAAAAGUGUGUGUGGGGGCAGUCACUGGUUGACUUCUCCUUGUAAUGUAAGCAUACUUUGUAUAUCUCACUUACUCUACACCCAAAGCUUACUAGUUCAGAACACCAAUGGCUGCAUAAGAUGCAUGUGAUAUUAGUGGUAGUCAUUCUGCACCAUUUCAUACAAUUUACUGAUGCAGUUUUUUUCAUGCUACCAAAACUAAGGAGCUUAGUUUUGAGCAUGGUUUGCAUGACUUUGCCCUAUAUAAAUGGUACAGCUGAUUUCUUCCAUGAUACGUAUCUAUCUGGUACUCUUCAAUACAACGAUGGUGAAUUGAUAACAGACAAGAUACAGUGGUCCUUGCUACAUUUUGUAAUCAGAGCAGCAAAAUAAAAAUAUUUUCAGGAACAAUAUCCCUUUGUGGAAACAUAACAUCUGAAUAAUUUUCCAGUAUAAGCAAAUCAAUCUCUAAUCAACCAAGCCAAAAAUUUCUAAUAUCUAUCUAAAAGCAGGGAAAAAGCUGAGUUAAAAUAUGACCUUAAUGAAUUUUUUUUUUGUGAACUAAAUGAUUCUCAUGUGAUGUCUUAUAUAAUUACCCCUGAAAAACAAUGUUGAAAAGAAAUUAUGGGUAAGAUUUUAAAUCAUCAAAGCCACCUUCUGGGAUCAAUCUUAGUUAGUUAUUUAUUGAAAAAUGUAAAUAGAAAUCCCUCAAACUACUUUGAAAAGCUUCACUAGUGUUUAUAAAAUUGCUCAAAGUAGGAUUUUAAUGCUUUUUUUUAGAAAAUCUUUUGCUAAGUCUAUUUGCUACUUAUGGGCCAAAUUUUCUUUGUUACCAAAAUAAGGCUGUUCAGUGUAGGGAACUCCAGGUUUAUGCACUCCACUCUUCUAUUGACUUAGGUGCUGCUAAGUAAGAUGCAUAAUGUAACUCAGCCUGUUUCCCAAGCUGUUAAUUGGGAGUUACACUUCCACACAUGCUCACAGAUUGAAAGGCUCAAUUCUCUAAUAUUUUCCAAGUGCUUUGAGCUCCUCAAAUGUGCAGAAAAUUGCUGUUCUCUUCCCUGCAAGUCCUACAGUGUGAGAUGCUGCCAGAAUCUGUUUCUCUCUGUUUACCUUUUCUCUUGGAAAUGGAGUGCUCCAGAUCCAUGCAUGUGUGCUAUAUUUAAGAUUAAUGUAUGAAUAAAUGAACACCAUUUUUGUCAUGUGUCCCUGAGCAACAGAGAGAUAAGUACAUUCCCUAGACCUCAGCCAAUUUUUUUUUUUUUUUUUUUUUUUUUAAUGAAAGUUGGAAAUUAUUGAGAAGGAGGAGACCAGGAAAAUCAGUUGUCAGUCAAUGUGUCCAUGAAAUUGCAUCUAUAUGAUGUCCAGCUUGAUGGCUGUACGCUCUUUACAGCUGGUGGAAAAUAAAGGAGCACCAUCAGUGAGCUCAGGGUACAAAAACCAAGGCACACAUCAACUUUAGGAUGAGAUAAAUCUCACCUUUAACUCAGUUAUCUACAAUGACUAAACGUCUGCCAACUUCAAAGAGAGCAGAGGCUGACUUGCUUAGAUGUCAGAUAAUCAGAGAUGACACGAUCAGUGUUGAGGCUCUCACCUCUCCCCCACUGAUCCAAGGCCUCUCUGCCAUGGUUCAUCUCCACCCCACGUCCAGGACCCCUGUCACACGACUUCCCCACUGUGACCAGGGCACUGACCAUCAAAGAUGCAAGGAUUUGGUCCAAAUAAGAUGUUAGAAGAGGGACUUUCUGUAGAGACUGCUUGUAUUGCACUGCAGCUGCACAACUGAGCAUCCUUGGGCAUCCAGUCAGAGGCAAGAACACAUUACUGGGCUUCCCAGUGCUUACUGGGUUUUGCACAGCCCUGGAUAAAAAGCACUCCAAUGGACAAUAUUUUGUUGGGUUUUUCCAGCCAUAGUAAGCUUUUGGUUUAAUUCCUCAGUAUUGUUGACCUCUCAUAACAGUCAUUCCAUCCAGGGACUUUCAGUUCUUUCCCAGAUAUGGGCAUUGCCUUCCUCUUCAUUGUUUGUUCUCUAUUGGAAGAGACAUCUAAAGGAUUAGGAUCUUCUUACUUCGUCUGAUUCUUCAGCUAAAUCAUGAUUCAUCCUUCUGGGAUGGAUCUUCAGAGAGAACAAAUUAUUGCUGUUACUGGAUUAAAUACUGCAGACCAGUUACAGCCUUUGAAGACUGGGCUGAGUUCAUGGAGCUGUUCUGAAGCCAGAAAUUAUGAUGGUAUGAGGCACAAUUUUGGUAAUUACUUAAUUGACAAAAUAGCAUUGAGCUGAAAUAUAAUCUGUGUUUGGCACAGUUUUGUGGUUAAAUUUGCAAAGAAUAAAACUAAAUGACCAAAGUGUAAUUCGUUAUAAUUUGGCAUAUUGGGAAGAAUUCUUUGGCCUUUGCGAUUCUUGGAAAUAUCUGCGUUGUACCUGUUGCAGGCUUUCUGAAAGAGUAAUAGAGGUCUGUGGCAACUUGUGAGAUUUAACCCUCACAUGACAAGAUAAUGGAAAAGAAUAAGUAAUUACUUUAACAUUGCUACACUUCUGAAGUUGAUAUAAGUAUGUGCUAGACAAGCAUGUGUCACUUUUCUUGUAUGUCAAGGGCCUAUCGUUCCUUCUAAUUUCAUCUGAGUUUGGUCCUUUUUAAAUGCUUUCUAGAUCUAAGUAAUCAAAAAUCAAGGCAUUUCAGUAGGGCAUUAGGUCUGAUCUUUUAAGAAAUGGACUCUAAAAGUCUGAUCACUUUGUGAUUGUCUUUGACAGCGGCUAUGCCAUGCAAUUCCCUGUCCAAUUCCCGCUGAAAUCCUUUGGUUCAUGUUUCUGUUCUCUUCCGUGGCAGGCCAUACAAAAAUAAUAAUUUCUCAGUAUUAAACCCAGCUGAAAAUCCUUAAAUAGCCUCCUUAUAAAGAGGUAUGUUCUUUCCAAGAGAAAAUCCAAGCAAGGGCAGAGGCUUGGAUGAAUUCACCUGCACACAGAGUACAGCCCCAGAGAAAGCAGGAUUUGGGCUGUCCUGCACUCAGCACACUUAGCAGCUGAACUGUCUUGAAGUUAGUAUUUUCUCUGGCCUGCAAUCAACAAUUUGCAAUAUGCAUCUUAAAGGUCGGGUAUUUGUCGCGACAAGCCACACCAUCAAAUAUAUAAUGAUGCCAGAUAAGAUCUGCCUCUUCUUAAAAAGCACUGGUGAUAAACUCAGCAAGAUCCUCUGCAGUAGACAUCUGUGGGUCCUGUGAAGGGGAUCCAAGAAAUGAGACAGAGAGAUCUCGUUAGCUUAUUUUAAUAUCUAUUUUUCCUUCUUAGCGCUGAAACUGGUUACUUCUCUGUUCAUAAGGGUGCUGUUCUUAGCAGCUCUCUGCCCUUUACAUCAUCAGGUUUAAAAAAAAAGCAUCCAUCAGUUCUGCUGACAACAGAUACAUGUCAAGGUUCCACCAACAAGGUGAGAUCUGGAGACCAUCCCUCAUCUGGGCUGUGCACACAAAUUUCAUCAGACUCCAGUCAGGGUGUGUCCAGGCAGUGCAUCCACCUUUGAACUGCAGUUUGUGCUGGCCACAGAUACUGGACAAAGCAAAAUAAACUAUGUGUGAUCCCAGUAACAUUAAGAAGGUCAAGACUUGUUUCUACACCCAAGAAAUCUCUAUUCACUAUUUCAAUUGAGAAAGGCAUCUGGGUCACUAAUAGUCUUCGUAAUAGGAGUUAAUUAGGUUUAUGCCUUCCUCUGCAUGGUGUUUCAGUUGAAGAGUUAUCAGUUCUCUUUGGGUCAGAUCUUUGUAGCAUCUUGAGUGACACUAGCACUUUGUUUGCAUGUACUUAACAUUAAAAAGUAUUAAUGACUUUGAUGACUCUCAUCUCAUUUCAGGCCUUGAGAUAUUUUUCAUAAUUUGAAACUGAGGAGCAUUUCUCUGCUCUCCUUGAAGUAAGUUAGAAACCUUCUCACAGUGAUGCACUGGGAGUAGGGCUAGGUUAUAAUCUGCCUUUAUUUAUAAAUUUCCUUGUGAAGGACAGCACUGAUCUUGAGACAUUUUUCUUGGCUACAUUUUGAGAGUGAUUUUCAGUCCCUAACAAAUGCCACAUGCCUGGAAGUUUUCAAAAAGGUGAAUCUGUGUUUACAUUGUGUGCCUCUCUUUGCAGCAUUAUUAGCAAUUAAGCUUCUUCAUUUUAGAUGCAAACUGGGACUAUUUGAUUAAGGCAAAAGCGAAUGCUUAGUUGAAGUAUGAAGGUAUGAUAAAUGUGGUUUAUUCUGUACUUAAGGAGCUGGCACUUAAAAAAAAAAAAUCUAGUCAGGUAAUGGCUAUUGUCCUUGCCUUGGCUUUUCCCUGCCCUAAAUUUAUCAGUCUGGCUCAUAUCAAAAUAAAAGGGAAUCCAACCCAUGGAGAGAUUGAUUAGCAAGUCCCUAAAUGGACUUUGGAUAUAUUUGCUCUGUUUUAUCCGUAACGUUGCUGCAUUAUUACGGUCCAGAGUGGAAAUAGUUUAAUUUUUUUCUGCUGCAAAUGGUGGCCCAUAAGUGCUGCAAACUAAAGCCCCCCUGACACUGGGGUAGCAGGGCUGCUGCCUGGUGGUCCAGCCAGUUUGCAAGAUCACAGCCUAAAGCAACCAGAAGAGGCAGAGUAAGGAGCACUCCUCAUCCCUGCUGGGAGCCCAGCUGCUGCAGAGGUGUCACAUCUGCUUAGGUAAGAACUAAAUCCAACCUGCUCACUGCAGAGAGUGUGAGGAGAGUAGGGUCUGGAUUCCUUGCACCCCACAGCCCCCAUCACUAAGCUCUGGGUGCAUAAGAGCUGCAAACCUAAAUUUCCUACAGCACCUCAUGAAUUUGGUGGGAUGUCACUUUUAUCAAGAGCUCAGCUGGAUAUGAGUGUUCAACUUGAAGAUGAUUUUAAGAGGAGCAGAGGAAAAGGGGGCAUUUUCUGGUGAUUUUUAGUUGGGCACUCUGGGGAUGAAGAUCCUGGGUAUCACUUUUCCUUCUGGUUUUUUAGGCUGUAAGUUUUGGUCUUUCCCAAUUCAGCUUUGAUUAGCUUCCCUCUGAAGUUAACUUAAGCAAAAUACUGAAAAUGGGAUCCUAUUUCCAUCAUGAAGAACACGCUGAGACUGAAGGUUACAUAGCUAACUGCAUUUUGUUUUCUAGUUAUGGCAUCUUAUUAUUACUAGUAUUUGUGCCUUGCUCACUGAAAUCUUCUCCAUGCUACAAAGAUGCUUUUCAGAUUCUGGCUGACAAGGGAACACAACUUUUAUACAAGUGGCCUUUAGUGCUCUUUAUAAUAUUAUUUAUUGUAAUUUUUAAACUGUAUGUGUAAUUUCUAUUCUGGCACUGUCCAAUAUUUGAACAAAUUUAAUAUGUUUAUUUCAAUAUAUUAUGCAAACAAUACUUCUUAACUGAUUUUUUUUAUGUUCUGUCUUUAAAAACUGCACCACUUAUUAAUAAAUAGAAAUUUCAAUUA